AAUAGUGAGCAGCUUUACUCGACAACAGCAAUCGUCCGCGGCAGCUAUGACAGGUGGCCGUGACGGCGGCGGUCGUCGUAUCGUAACUACACAUAAACGAUAAUACCGGUUUAGCCAUCACUUUCUACCGUCGAGCCAUCCUGGUCGGAUGGUGUAGUCUGCACACACACGGUGAGCGCGCACCGACGUGAACGUUGCGCAGUCGUUUGCUCGCCUCGCGUCGCGUAGCCCACGAAGUCGACGGACGUCCGGUUCAAUAGGAAUUUUCUUGCAAUAUUUUGAUUUAAGAAUUUUUUACGACGACGACCCGGUCGCGUUAUUUUUGCACCUUAGUCUCAUCGCCGUACACACCGAAAUACCUACUUUACAAUGUCGUACUCGACGAAAACUGACGAUGCCUUGGUGAAGCAGAAGUUCAAGACCAUCAUAGAAGACGGGAGCAACGUGCCGGUCGACACCACACGGCCAAAAGACGUUCCGGAAUGGUUCGACGCGGCAUUGUUUGCCAGAGGGCAAAAGUAUUUUUAUUCAAAUUUCUAUGCAAUAUUCGCUUCAAAUUUGAUUGGAUUAAUAUUGGUAUUAACAGUUCCAACAAUAUUGGAUGUAUUAGUGUUCACAAAUAAAUCUUCUGAUCCAUUUACCGCUUUCAAGAGGUACCUUGAUACCAUCAGGCACAUGCUGAGGUGGUAUAGAUACGACGUGACAAAUGUUAAGUCAAAAUCUCAAAUAUCUGUGGCCAUUGUACACGGACUUCAUUGUGCUGCGAAUCGAGUUUCGAAUAAGUCUGGACUCGGACUGCGAGUAACUCAAAAAGAUAUGGCUUUAACUCAAUUUGGAUUCAUGGGCUUACUAUUGUUGAGAAAAAAAGAAUUGGCUAUUGUAGGCACCGAAGAAGAUGAAAGGGCCAUUCUGCAUUUUUGGCGAACUAUUGGAUACAUGUUGGGAAUUCAAGACAAGUACAACCUGUGCUGUGGCUCGCUCGAAGAGGUUCGCGGCACGUGCGCGUUGAUCCUGCGGGACGUGUACGCGCCGGGGCUGCUGAACCCGCCGCCGAGGUUUGAGCACAUGGUGCAGGCGCUGCUGAGCGGCAUGAAGCCCAUCUCGCCCAUGCUGGACACGGAGGCGUUCAUGGCGUUCACUCACGAGCUGUGCGGCGUACCGGUGCGCCGGCCGCUGGUCGCCCGGUACAGCCGGUGGAUGUACAACGUGCAGGUGUACACGCACGCCGUGCUGCUGACCCGCGCUUGGCUGGCCGCCGUGUUCCGGCCGCUGUUGAACUACAACAUGAGGUUCUCCGUGUGGCUGAACGUCAAGUUCCCGGUCGGCGCGGCGCUCCAGUUCGGCACCAAAGUGUUCCACCGGGUCCGGGACGAAGUGCCGCCGCACCAGCUAACCGCCGACCACCUGAAGCAGCCGGCCACCAACGGACGCGCCGCUAUGAUGCAGUCGGCUUCUUAGGUCGCGCUGGGGCCAAUGCUGCCCUCUGGCUGUAUGCUGGAUGGCUUUACUUAUCACGACAACAAUGAUAAUAUUAUAUUUUUAUAUUAAAAACCGUUCGAUUUUAGCGCACAACCACCUGUCCUCCCUUAUAUUAUAGCUUUAUGUUCAUCUCCGUUGAAACUAUGCCGCUAGCUGUUGCCCUCGCACGACCCCACGACCUCUCGCCAUUGAUUUGUGCUCUUACAGUUUGCGAUUAUUCGAAGCAGAACGGAUAGGAGCAGCCAUGAAAUAACAUAUUUUGUUUAUUUUAAUCGCUAUCAUUAUGACCGAAUGUCGAUUACGGUACUUAUUAUUGUUUAUUUACGUGCAAGACGAAAAAUCGUAAGAAAAAUGAAUGAAUGCACUUGUGACCGCGAUCAUCGCUACAUGACAAUGUUAUUUUAUGAGUUAUGACAUUAACAACCAUUCGAUUUUAGUAUUCAAGCCCAAUUAGAGUGGGGAGGGGGGGGGGGGCUAAAUGUUAAUCCCAAACGAAACUGUUUAUUUAUUUAAAUCACUCCUAUAUAAUAUUAUGUAAAUGCAAUAACUAAUAGCAUAAUAUUAUUAUACAACUUAUUAUUGACCUGGGGGUUGUUUGAAGUUAACUCAAAUUUUUCAAUUCUGAAUCAGUGGUUGGUAAAUAAAGCCCCAAGUCCAAAGUAACUGAAAGUCGAUGCCGAUAGUUAUUUAUUUUUUUGUGUAGAUAAGCGUGUAAGAUGAAAAAUUAGAUACUAUUUGUUACGAAAUUUAAAAAAAAGUUAUAAUAGGUUUUGGAUUUUCAACCGCUGCUGUUGUCUGUAAGUUUUUUGCAAACUAUGCAACUUUCAUAAACGAAAUAAAAUACCUAUAAACAUUUAUUUUUUAUGAAUAAUUAUUAUGGAAAUAAUUUUAAAUUAAAAUAACGCAUUUUAACUACUUUAAUGCACUUUUAGUUUAAUGAAAUAAUACUUCGAUUAUAUAGUUUUCUGCUUUACUACUAUAGUUGCCAUGUAUUAUUUACUUAACAACAAUGUGCACUACAUAAUAAUUAUUCGAUUACAAAUUGAUAUAAUAUAAUAUAUUAUUAGGCCGAUUUUAUAGGUACAAUUUAUUUUUUAACUUUACAAAAAUAUUGAGAAUGACAUAAAAUAAUAAUAUAUAUCAUAAAACGGUUACUACUAUUAUUAACUUGGUACUUACCAUUCUUACGGACAGAGUACCGAUUACCAACAAAGUGUUUUUACAAUUUAAUGCUGUUUCAGAUAUCUGUAGCUUGUUUUUCAUAUUCCGUAGCCGUUUUAAAAUAUUUUUCAAACUUCGAAAUUUAUUAUAAGAUAUUAUUUUUUUAUCAGCUCCUCUCGAGGAGUGAACAUUUUUUAAAUCUCAUGAAGUAUAAUACAUCAUUGACCCUGCACAUACAUUAAUUUUUUUGGAGUUGGUAUAUUAUGUACUUGAUAAACAUAAAAUGUUUAAUUUUAUCACACAGCAAUUAAUUAAAUUAAUAAUUACACGUUUUGUAACAUUAUUUUGUUUUCCAUUUUUGUUCGUUCCUUUGAUUGCCGUUUACCGUUGUGUAUAAAAGCGUCACUGUUCACCCGUAUUGAGAAAUUAAAAAUAUUUGACCAUAUAAUAUUAUUAAGGUUGUAAAUUAUUAUGAUGUACAUAUUAAGGCGUAAAAAUACUAACAAAUAAUAACUUACAGAUAUGAGCCGGUGCUGUUUUAUAUUUGUUUUUUCUGUAAUUUAUUAGGUACUUUUAUACUAGAAGGGUUUUAGAAUCGUAUUUGGGUAAAGUUCAAAAAUAGAUACAAUUAUUAAACAAAGUAGUCCGAUUUAUAGUGAUGAACUGAUAAGUGGUGCUUAGUUAUUAAUUGUUAUAUACAUAUCAGUUGGUUAAAAAACCAAAAUAAUCAAUAAUUUAGUUAUUAGAUAAAUAGAUGAUUAUACUAACAAAACUUACUCUACAAUAUCUAUAGUAAGUAAAUAUUAUUAUAUUAUCUUAUAUUGUUCACGGUAUUAAGAGUCGUUCUUACGAUGUCCGGUUAAAGUUAACGGACACUUAACCGGCGGAAUUCUGCCGGUAAUUAAAUCUGUUUCAAUCAGUUAGCGUUAACCGACACUUAACCGGACAUUGUAAGAAUAGACCUGAGUUGCAUACCUAUUUGACUUGAAAUUAUUAUUAUAAGAACAUGUAAAUAUAGGUACUUCACUGAUUUUAGCUUAAAGUAGUUAUAAUAACGAGUAAAGUUUAAGGUUUAUACAAUGCUGUAUAAAGCAAAGAAAUAUGUUAAUGGGCUGUAUUGACUAGUAUUAAAUAUAAUAUUAUAUAUUUUAUGUUAUUAUCACGAUUGAAAAUCGUUUAAUUAUAUUUUAUAUCAAAGACGUUUAAUAUGUUUUAAUGGCAACGUACUCUGUAUUAAUUUUUUAAAUAUUCAUUUUCUUAUUGAAAUGUAUUUAUUAUAUCGUUCGAGCGUUUUAUUUGUAAGAUAAUAUUUUAAUCAUACAAAUUUGUUGCAGAGUAAUAUCUAAAUCGAUUGAUUGUAAAAAAUUGUCAACAAAUUUUUUAUUGUAAUAUAUUGUGUAUUGUUAUUUUUGGACCUCAA